AUGGUGGCAAUAAAAGCAUACGACCUACCUGAUGUGGACAACGACGUGCAGACCAUGCUGCGGCCCUUCACUGUGAUGCAGUACAUCAUGUUCUGUCCGAGAUACCGCAUCAGAGACAACUACAUCACUCCCAACACUGCAGCCAUGAAGUUUAUUUCUAUGCCCAUUACACUAACAUUCAUAGUAACCGCUGGAAUAACACUAUCUAAAUCAUACAGUUUCUAUUUUCUCAUCUUCUUUGACACAAACACUGUUUAUUUCAUUCGGAUGAUGAAAGCUUUGGAGGACAAAGUGCUUCUGUGGAACAGUCGCGCCUUAAUCUACCACAGGGCGGGACACGCACAUGACGCGGAGUUCAGCAAGCAAAUGUUUGAAGCUUAUAUCUUGUACUAUUUGACAGAUAUGUUCACUCACGAAUUGAUUUAUUUUCAAGUGAUAAUCGAGACAUUAAAGAAAAGUGUGAUGACUGGUAACAUUCAAACAGCAAUACUUGUGUCGUCAUUAAUAUGUUUGUGGCAGUCGAGGGAUUUAACGAAUAACGAGUACAAUGUUUUAUUACUCACAGAUGAUGAACGAAAACUCUACAAGAACGUGCUGCGCCUGCACCGCGCGUCAUUCAGCAAGAUACGUGUGUGCAGCCUGUUCUACGUGGACGCCGCGCUACAACUGAGUCUCAUGAGUCUACUCACUAACUACAUAGUAGUGUUGCUACAGUUUGCGAUUCUGUAG